AUGCCUGUGUUGCAUACCAAAGGUGUUUGGUGCUCAUUAGGGGCAAUCAGCCGAGGCGUCCAACCAAGUGCUUCGAAAAUGUUGGAACAGAUUACGACGAACUUGAGCCGAGUGUUUGAGCGAAAAGUUCUCAAGAAAAUGUACGGGCCGUACAUCGAUGCUCAGAUUAACGAACGAAAUAAAUUGACGGACAUCAAUACCUGUUUCAGCGUCCUAGUGACACUAAAGGAAAUAGAGAAUAGAAGCUUGGUGUAG